AUGGCGACGGAGGCGCCUUCGGUGGAGGCCAAGGCCCCAACACACCUGCCACGGACGAUUCCUUUCUGGCGACUGGUCACCGAGCCCGGCGGUAUAACGCAGGAGGUGGUGGAUCAUGAUUAUGCGGGAUCGGGGACGGACGAUGAUCCGUACGUGGUGCAGUGGAUGCCCAAGGACUUUCGAAACCCUCUCCAGCUGAGCACGUCCAUGAAAUGGUCGAUUACUGCGGUGGCCGCCCUCGAGACCCUGGUGGUCGCCCUGGUGUCCUCGGCCUAUACAGGCGGCAUCGUGCAGAUUGAAGAGCAAUUCCUCAUCACCACCGAAGUGGCGACUUUGGGUGUUUCGCUUUACGUGCUGGGCUUCGCCCUGGGUCCUUUGAUCUGGGCGCCGAUGAGUGAAAUGUUCGGUCGCCAGGUCGUGUUCAUGGGGACCUACUGUGGCCUGACCAUCUUCUGCGCGGGCACGACGGGUGCAAAGAACAUCCAGACCUUGUUGGUCUUCCGCUUUUUGGCCGGUGCCUUUGGCUCUUCUCCCUUCACCAACUCCGGAGGUGUAAUUGCUGAUAUGUUUGCCGCCCGUGAGAGAGGCCUGGCUCUGUCCAUUUUUGCUUUAGCUCCCUUCUUAGGACCGACUAUCGGUCCCAUCGUGGGCGGCUUCUUGGGAAUGGAAGCCGGAUGGAAGUGGGUGAUGGGUCUGUUGACCAUUCUCUGCGGUGUGAUGUGGUUCAUCGGCGCCGCUUGCAAGCCGGAGACAUAUGCACCGGUGCUCCUUCGCCAGCGCGCGCGCACUCUGUCAAAACUCACCGGCAAAUUGUAUAUGAGCAAGCUGGACAUUGACCAGGGUCGACCGGCCCUCCGGGAGGUUCUGAAGACGUCCAUGUCGCGACCCUUUAUCCUUCUCUUCCGUGAGCCCAUCGUGCUGCUCCUUUCCAUCUACCUCGCCAUUAUCUACGGGACGCUCUAUAUGCUUUUCGGUGCAUUCCCCAUUGUCUACGAGAUUCACCGAGGAUGGAACCAAGGUAUCUCCGGCCUGGCUUUCCUGGGGGUCAUGGUGGGAAUGUUGGGCGCGAUCGCCUAUUCGGUCCCCGAAAACACUCGCUACGGAAAGCUUCUGGAGAAGAACGGAGACUAUUCGCCCCCUGAAUCUCGUCUUCCGCCGUGUAUGCUGGCCUCGAUCGCCCUCCCUAUCGGCCUCUUCUGGUUUGCCUGGACCAACUCACCGUCGAUUCACUGGAUGGUCAGUAUCGCUGCCGGUGUUCCGUUCGGUUUUGGAAUGGUCUUGGUCUUCCUGAGCGUCUUCAACUACUUGAUCGAUGCCUAUACCAUCUUUGCCGCAUCCGUCCUGGCGGCCAACUCGUUGCUCCGGUCCAUGUUCGGUUUCGCCUUCCCCCUGUUCACCACAUACAUGUUCGAGAAUCUGGGAAUCCACUGGGCGUCGUGUAUACCUGCGUUUUUGGCCUUGGCCUGCGUACCCUUUCCAUUCGUCCUCUACAAAAAGGGACUGGCCAUCCGGAAAUACUGCAAAUACUCUGCAGAGUCCGAGGCGUUCGUUCAAAGUCUUCUUCAGCCCAGGGCGCCGGCGGAUUCUGAAGUCGAUGGCCCGACGCUGAAUGAACAAAUCGCCUCUCGCGUGCCUUCGGAAGCUAUGACGGGCACUGUUGAAGCCGCAUUGCACAAGCAAAGUACACACGAGGUCCACUCGAUCCACCGAUCGCUCUCGCGCACGCCCACCCAUACCUCGGGAUUGCAACGGAUUCCGACCUACGAGGCGAACCCCUACAAUAUCGACCGCGUGCAUACCCGCGAGUCCUUCAGAUAA